GGAGGAGGGAGCGGGCCGGCGGGCGGGCGGAAGGGGGAGGAGAGGCGCGGGCCGAGCCAGUCCUGAGGGGCCCCGGGGCGCGGACGAGGGCACACGGAGCAGCGGCUCCCGGCCCGGCCAGCUCCGCGACGCCGCCGCCGCCGAGAUGCUCCAGACUUUGUAUGACUACUUCUGGUGGGAACGACUCUGGCUGCCUGUGAACUUAACCUGGGCUGAUCUAGAAGACCGAGAUGGACGUGUCUACGCCAAAGCCUCAGACCUCUAUAUCACACUACCCUUGGCCUUACUCUUCCUCAUCAUUCGAUACUUCUUUGAGCUUUAUGUGGCUACACCACUGGCCUCCCUCCUGAAUGUAAAGGAGAAAACUCGGCUGCGGGCACCUCCCAACCCCACUCUGGAGCAUUUCUACCUGACCAGCGGCAAGCAGCCCAAACAGGUGGAGGUAGAGCUUUUGUCACGGCAGAGUGGGCUCUCUGGCCGCCAGGUAGAGCGCUGGUUCCGCCGCCGCCGCAACCAGGACCGGCCCAGUCUCCUCAAGAAGUUCCGAGAAGCCAGCUGGAGAUUCACAUUUUACCUGAUUGCCUUCAUUGCUGGCAUGGCUGUCAUUGUGGAUAAACCCUGGUUCUAUGACAUGAAGAAAGUCUGGGAGGGAUAUCCCAUACAGAGCACCAUCCCUUCCCAGUAUUGGUACUACAUGAUCGAACUUUCCUUCUACUGGUCCCUGCUCUUCAGCAUUGCCUCUGAUGUCAAGCGAAAGGAUUUCAAGGAACAGAUCAUCCACCAUGUGGCCACCAUCAUUCUCAUCAGCUUCUCCUGGUUUGCCAAUUAUAUACGAGCGGGAACUCUUAUCAUGGCUCUGCAUGACUCUUCUGACUACCUGCUUGAGUCAGCCAAGAUGUUUAACUAUGCGGGCUGGAAAAACACCUGCAACAACAUCUUCAUCGUCUUCGCCAUUGUCUUCAUCAUCACCCGACUGGUCAUCCUGCCCUUCUGGAUACUGCACUGCACUGUGGUGUACCCACUGGAGCUCUAUCCUGCCUUCUUUGGCUAUUACUUCUUCAAUUCCAUGAUGGGAGUGCUACAGAUGCUGCAUAUCUUCUGGGCUUACCUCAUUUUGCGCAUGGCCCACAAGUUCAUAACUGGAAAGCUGGUAGAAGACGAACGCAGCGACCGGGAAGAAACAGAGAGUUCAGAGGGGGACGAAGCUGCAGCUGGGGGAGGAGCAAAGAGUCGGAUCCUUGCCAAUGGCCACCCCAUCCUCAAUAACCAUCGUAAGAAUGAUUGAACUGUGUCCCUGCUGCCCCUCAGAUUAAUGCAUAAGGCCAAGGACCUUCCCCAUGGGGUUGCUUUAAGUUCUGGGGAGAAAGGAGAAAGCCCUGCUUAUCACCCAGUUGCCUUUAAACCAAAUUUCAACCAGCUUAUCACCAGGUACAGGGGAGGUUGGUUUAUCUUUGCUAGAGAGGGGAUAGUCUUAUUUUCCUCUCUAUUUUCUAAGUUGUCCUUUCCAUUGCUUUUGAGACCCUUACUCAGCUAUAGGGGUGGGAGAGUUACAACUCACAUUCCUUAUUCUUCAGAAUUUGGCCCUAGCUAUUCGCCUUUGACUCUUUGACUUUCAGAGCCAGGGUCGUGCCUUACCGUCCCAUUUGUGGGCCUCAUUCUGCCAAAGUUGGACCAAGGCUCACCUUUCUAUAAGCUCCCUAAGUCGGGCCAGAAACCAAAGCUGACUUAACUUCUUCCCUCCUCAGAUACAAAUGAAUUGAGUGUAGGAGGGUACACAUGACCCUUACCCUACCUCUGCCAAAAUGUGGGGCCAUCCUGGGGACUGCUGACAGUCAGCCUGUGCUCUUUCUCUGCUAGCUGUUCCCCUAGUCACAGGUCUAAGAUCCAACUGCCUCCUUUCUCUGGCCUUUUCCCCUAGGCUAGCUGGUUUGGAGUAGAAUGGCAACUAGUUGUACUUUUUAUUUAUUAAACAUUCGGGAUUUUGGGUUUAAAGCCAGAAUUACAGCUAGCACCUGGCAUUUCAGCAGAGGGACCACUUAAGACCAAAAUGUACUGUUAAAAGUAUUUUUUAAUUAAAAUAUAUUAAAGAUUAAGUAAAACAUGGCAACAA